AUGCUGAAACAAUCUAUAAUCCUGAUUCUGAUCCUGUUGAUUGCUCUCUGCUGUUUGUCAGCGGAAUUGCCUGGAAAUGCUUACUUGCCACCACUAAGGAAAAAUCAUAGAAGUUCCGAUGAUGAAACCACACUAGUUGACAAUGGAUUUCAUUUUGAUAUUGAUCAGGAUUCCUUUGAAAGGUAUGCCCCCAUCUUUGUGGAUUAUCCGGGGAUUCAUCAACUGCUAAGACAGCAACAGGAAUACGCGUUGGAUUUGCCAUUUGAGGGAAAGCCACAUGAACGGAAAAUUCCAGAGAUUGAAAAUGAUUUUGUAGUCAACAAACAUUGGUAAAUUUGUGUAAAGAACAAAUUUGAAACUAAAUAAAGGCAACGAUUAUUAAACAUACAAAGGAUUAAAUAUGUUUAAAAACAACCUUAAACUUUGG